UCCGCCAUUACCACCGUUUUCUUCUAUGAUUUCUCUUCCUUUUUUCUCUGUAUUUUCUUUCCUAUCUCCCCAUUUCUUCCCUUUUUCAUGAUAUCAAUCAUCGUUUUCACUUUUGCAAAUCCACUGGAUUCAUAAAUGGUUGAUUCGCUUCUCUUGUUCAUCUCCCCUCGAGCUUCUUGUAUGUGUUUUUCCCUUAACGACUUUUGCGUUCUGUUCUCUGUUUUCGUUCAUUUUGCUCUCAGGGGAUUUGUUGGUUUUCUGCAUGGAAAUAUUUACGUGAUGAUGCAGUAGAGAUGGAUUUUUGGGAAUGUUUCAGCUUCUUUGCGACUUGGGGGUUGGUUAAAUCGAUGGAUGAACGUGUUUUCAGAGGGAACCGAUUGUGCAAUUGGGGGUUUUAAAUGGUGGUCUGCUUGUUUAUUAUAUGCGUAAAUCUCCGAAAUCAGUGGGAGAUUGUGAAUGUGAUGAUAGCAAGAGGUGUUGAGCGAUGAUAAACUGGUUCAAUGAGCGCAAAAGAUGAAUUGAUUGUUUGAGAAUGGAUAUGAAGGAAAAUGGUGAAUUCGCGGACGAGCGGCCUCCGUCGCCAAUGUGGGUGUUGCAACAUUUCUCGGAGGAGGCGUUUAGGGUGGCCGGUGAAGCUCUGAAUAGCGUCUAUCAAGGGGGCACCGGGAUUCAGGAAAUGGGGACUGGACAUCGACGUGCUCGAAGUGAAGUUCCGAGUCCCGUGCACAAUCGAACCAACGGUUUCCAGAGGUUAAAAUCCCAUGUGCAGAAGGUUUGGGGAUGGGGGAGAGGCACGCGAGAUGAGGAUUACGCCUUCUGUAGUUUUGAUCCUGAGAUCUUGGCGAAUCAAAAACGUCAGUGGUAUCAGUUUCACUCCAAAUCUCUGGACUGUGUAUUAUACAAAGAGCCCACCUCUCUCUUUGAACACUUCAUUAUUGUGGGGCUCCAUCCGGAUACUAACCUUGAGACUGUGGAGGAUGCAUUUGCUGAAGGGAAAAAAUGGGAGUUACAAAAGAAAAAUACUGAGAUGAUAGAAAACAAAAUGCUAGAGCAUAGAGGGCCAUCAGUUCCCCUGCUGGAACCUCAGAUACUUUUUAAGUAUCCACCCGGGAAGAGGCUGCCAAUGCGUAUGAAGGAUUUGUCUGCAUUUUGUUUUCCCGACGGUGUUAAGGCACAGGUAAUGGAGAGGACUCCAUCACUCAGUGAGCUGAACGAAAUUGUUUAUGGUCAGGAACAUUUGAAAAGAGAUGAUUUGGCAUUUAUUUUUUCCCUUAAGGUUGCCAACAAUUCGACUCUUUAUGGUGUAUGCUUGCAUGUGCAAGAAAUUGUUCAGAGGCCACCUGCCAUCCUAGGCAUCUCAACUUCUCUUUCUCAUUCUCCUGGAUUAUGCAGCCGUUUUUUGGUUUCUGCACCUCGCUGCUAUUGUCUUUUAACAAGAGUACCCUUCUUUGACUCACACUUCGAGAUGUUGAACAGUAUUAUAGCCCAAGAACGUUUGAAUCGGGUAACACAGUUGAUUAGUGAAAUCUCUCUCACUGAUUAUGUGCCAUCAGUGUCAAGGUCAAAUAAUAAUGAAAAUGUUGAAUCUCCUGAAAGGGAGUCCGUUGGUGAUUGGAUGGCGUCAGCAAUACCUAUUCACAGUGCAGUGGCCCUUACUGCUGCUGCUGCAGGGAUUAUAUCUGAUGAUGAGAUCUUAACCUCUUCGAUGAAGAUGUGGGAACCUCGAUCUCCUGAAAGUGGUACAACCAGCGAUGCUUCAGAGUUGGGUCAAGCGGAAAGAACUAAUGGAAGUUUCGAGAAUGGUCACCUUUGCACAGAGAUGUCUUUCUCAUCAAAGCAUCGCGCAUUAGAGCGCCUUGGGAGUUCUGAGUCCCUGUUCAGUAAUAUUGAAUCAUAUGGCAGUCCAGCUAGAAGUAUGGCUUCAGAAGAUGAGGAUGAUGAUCUUUUUCCAAACUGUGAAAAGGAAUUCGAUGAUGGCUUGAUAAUGGAAUGGGCUAGGGAUAAUAAGCAUGAUGUGCUGCAAAUAGUCUGCGGAUAUCAUUCACUUCCUGUUCCUGAAAGGGGAUGCAAAUUAUUAUUUCAACCUCUUGAACAUUUGCAAUCUAUUCAAUACAGAAGACCUUCCAUUGCAUUGCUCGGAUUUUGUGAAAAAUAUCUAGACUCAUUGAACCCUGUUGAGGUCAAGGCAAAGUUGGCUUCAGCUGAAGAAACUCUUGCUCUGUCAAUAUGGACAACUGCCACUUUAUGCCGAGCUCUCUCUCUUGAAACUGUUUUGCAAUUGGUUGCAGUGAUUUUACUAGAAAAACAAGUGAUAGUAGUGUGUCCAAACCUGGGUCUACUUUCAGCUACAGUGUUAUCCCUUGUUCCUAUGAUUUGUCCCUUCCAAUGGCAAAGUUUAUUUCUUCCGGUUCUGCCAGGAAAAAUGUUUGACCUCCUUGAUGCACCAGUUCCCUUUAUUGUCGGUACACUAAAUAGACCAACUGAUGUAAAGAUGAAGACGUCUAAUCUAGUUAUUGUUGAUGUGCUUAAGGAUCAGGUGAAAACAUGUACCUUACCGACACUUCCACGACACAGAGAGCUAGUCUCUGAACUAGGCCCGGUCCAUGCUAAAUUGGCUAACAAGAGUUCAAUUGCCAAAAAGCAUCCUGUAUAUAGGUGCAAUGAAUCUCAGACUGCAUACGCCGCCCAGUUUUUGAAGGUCAUGCGGCAAUACAUGGAGUCAUUGUGUUCAAAUCUUAGAUCUCAUACCAUAACUAGUGUCCAAUCGAAUAACGACAGGGUUUCUUUACUUCUUAAAGAUAGCUUUAUUGAUUCCUUUUCUAGUAAGGACCGACCAUUUAUUAAGCUACUAGUAGACACGCAGCUUUUCAGUGUUCUUUCGGACUCUCGCUUAUCGAGCUUCGAAAAUGGGUUCUGUGAAGCUAAUAAUAAUGUUGCCAAAGCUCCAAUGGCAGAAGUGAAAGUACAGAAGGUGCAGAUAAAGAAACCCUGAGGGGUUUUCAUUGAUACGAGGAGGAUCACUACUCAUUGCUGAAGUGUUUUAAAGGCAUACCAGUUUUGUAACAUAACAUUAAUACUAAUACUGAAAAUAUCCCAAUUUUUCUUUUUUUU